UCUCUCUCUCUAUAUAUAUAUAUAUAUGCAUAUAUGUAUAGCUUAAUAUUAACAUCAAUCUCUUGAGAACUUGUUAUGGAGUCCCUAAGUGUUGCAAGAAAGAGCCCAAAGCAAUCGAGAUCAAAGAAGAAGGCCAUCAAGGUCGUCUACAUCUCCAACCCCAUGAGAAUUAGGGCCAGCGAGUCGGACUUUCGUGCUGUUGUUCAGGAGCUCACCGGCCAAGACUCCGACAUCGCUGAGCUCAUGGCUAACUAUGAGGUCCAGGUUGAGUCGAAGGAGAGGGCACCAGUAGAGAGUAAAGAGGCUCAUUGCGCAGAGAUGGAGAUGGCCAUUUUUGAUGAGGGUUUUGCUCUCCCGACUACUCUUGACGUUCUUUCAGCUGGUCAUGAUCUCAUGUCUCCUUAUCACUUCCAUGCUUAUCUUGAUGAUGCUAAUUUCAGAUUCGAUGUAUAACUAAGAGACUAGUGGUGUUCCAUCUAUAUAUUUAUAUAUAUAUUGUAUGUAUAUUAAGAUAGAUAUUUGAUGGAGAUAUUUAUCUAUUGCUCUUAUAUA